GAUUCCUUGCGGAGGCGACGCGUCUGCCGGCGCGCGCGCGGCUGCUGCGCCUACCUUCGCGCCACGCCGCAGCUCCAAACACGCGCUGGCACAACACGAUGGCAACCCGCCUCGGAGCGCAGCCGAUCAGACAGCAGAGAGCAGGCAGGAGUCGAUUCGCAAAGAGAGUUAAUACAAGGGUCGGCGCCAACCACGGAAAGAAGGGGAAGAAGGAGGGACACAGAGCAUGCCUGUGGGAGGAACUGGGCGCACGCGCGAGAGUGGGCAGUGCGUGUGUGCGCCGAGAGGGUGUCAGGUGGGGUAAGGCGCAAGAGCCAGGAGGCAGUGCACCGAGGAGACGAGGCGGACAAGGCAGAGGCAAAGGGGCCGAGACGGGACUAGUCGUACAUCGCGCGAGUCUCGAUGAGAGACACGGCAGUGGGCAGGUGGGUGGUUGUCCAGGACAGGUUGCGCGGGCUCGAGGAGGUGUGCACACCCCUGAGCGACACGCUUCCCGGCUCCGGAGCGUCGAUAGGGUGACCGAGAGAGUACUGGGCGUAGGACGUGGAGGGACGAGAGAGAGAGACUCGCAAGCGGCGUGGUGGGGUAAAGGCCGAACGCCGCCAGUGGCGACGCGCCGUCAGAGACGGAAUUGAGAGCGGAGACAGAUGCGAUGCCGGACGAGAAGCGGAACAGAGAGGCGCAGUGAUCGGCGACGCUCCAUUUACUUCUUGGGCUUGGCGGCGGCCUGAGCGGGA